AUGAGAGAAAUCAAGGACAGGAACCUACGGAAAAAAAUAAUUAACAUGGGGUACGCUUUAAACCAACCAACAUUUCAUUACUAUCGGUCAGAGAUUGGCAUGGCAAAUGCAAAUGCUUUAAGGUGGAUUGACACUAUUCCAGUCGAAAAAUGGACAAGAGCAUUUGACGGGGGUCGACGUUGGGGUCACAUGACUACCAACCUUGUUGAGUCAAUGAAUGUUGUCUUUAAAGGCAUACGUCAUUUGCCCAUUACAGCAUUGGUAAGGGCAACAUAUUAUAGGUUGGGAUCUUUAUUUGCUGAAUGGGGUUCAAAGUGGAGUGUUGUGUUAAAUUCUGGCGAAACAUUUACAGACAACUGCCUCAAGGUGAUGAAAGAAGAAACAACAAAAUCCAGCACACAUCAAGUCCGAAUUUUUGACUACGCUAACAAUGUUUUCAGUGUGAAGGAGACAAUGGACCAUGGUGAGGGGAAGCCUAUGGGACAUUAUAAGGUCGACCUCUUGAACGGAUGGUGUGACUGCGGAAAGUUUCAAGCAUUUUGUGUCCCUUGCUCACAUGUUAUCACUGCAUGUUCGAACGUGCGCCACGACGCUUAUGCUCUUUUGUCUGACGUUUAUAGGGUUACAAACCUGUUUGGGGUUUACAGCAAUAGCUUUCCAGUGAUGUCGUACGAUGAAUAUUGA